AUGGCCGACACUAUUGAUCAGGACCCAGACUUCGAACUUGUUGACGGUGCUGAACGCAAAUCAAGCACUUCUGAUAGUUUUGAAGCUGUUGAUGAUAAAAAAACUGAUAGUCAAUCAGUCAGUGACAACGAAGAAGACGAGGCUGAGAAAACAAAUGAGAACAGAGAAGCUGAGGAAGAAAAAAAGCUGCCCUUCGUAGAUCAAUCUAUUAAAGAUGAUGCCGAACGAGUACCGGAGAAGGAUGGAGAAGAUUUGGUAGAAGAUGCAUUGAAUGCUCCGAUCCGUCCCGACCAAGAACAAUUCUACACAGCAGAAGCUUCAAACAGAGCGAUUACUCUUCUCAUUGCGUUUUCAGCAAUGAUGUUCACUGUCCCACUUCUGGUUAUGGCGACCCUAUAUUACUAUGUUUUCAUCGACCACUUCCAUCUACCGCCGAAAGACGCUAUGCUGUAUGCUGGAAUUGGUGCAGCUUUCGUCGUUAUUCUCAUCGCAGCAGCGUUUUGUUACAUCGCUUGGAAAGAAGAGAAAGAUGCGGAAGAUAAACUGAAAGCUGAGAAGAAAAAAGAAUAA